AUGUUUGUUUGCUUUGCCCGCGAACACCGACUUGAGCGCUGUCUGGGUUCAUGGGUAAAAAACAACACUUCUCUGUUGCGGAGAAAAACACAUCUACCGUCUUCCGAUCCAACCUCGGGGCCUAACGUCAUGGAGGGGAAGAGGCAAAGACCCCCUACUGUGUCUGUGGGAGAUGGCGAAGCUGCAAAAUCUCAGUCCAAGGUCAAACGUAUCGUGUUGCCGAACUACACGUUCGUUAAUGAAGAGGAACGACUAAUAUCCGACCUUCUCGCCAAAUACGACAAGCGUAUCCGUCCAGUCAAUGCCACGUCGAGGAUGAUCAUCGUGGCCGUGGGUCUGGCCAUUACCGACGUAGUCGAUCUGCACGAGAAGGAUGAAGUGUUUGAGACAGGCGCCCUCUUGCGGGAGAUGUGGGAAGAUAUGCGUUUCCGGUGGGAACCAUCUAAAUACCGGGGAAUAUCGACCAUACAUAUUCCAGCGGCCAGCGUUUGGAAACCGGAUGUAGUUCUCCUUAACAAUGCCGACACGGACGUGGAAACAUUUGAUCCGCUGGUUGUGGUUUUCCAUACAGGAACAGUGAUAUAUAUUCCUAAAGUUCGCCUAAGGGCGAAGUGUCCGAUGGAUAUGACGAAAUUUCCAAUGGACAGACAGACAUGUCGGAUACAGUUCGGAUCUUGGACUUAUGACGUCACUCAUGUAAAUAUCACACACUUUACAUCGGAGGAAAAUGGGCUGGACAUCCGGGACGCAAGAACUAGUAAGGAAUGGAAAAUUGUGACCACUACAACGAAAAGAAUCGACCACAAAAACGAUUUUGGAAACGAAAUUUAUCCCUUAAUGGAAUAUUCGUUCAUACUACAGAGGAACUCUGUGUAUUACACACAAGUUUUCAUACUUCCGGCUGUACUCCUGGCGGUUCUCGUGCCCUUCACGUUUCUACUUCCGCCAGAAUCAAGGGAGAGAAUUACAUUAGGUUCAGUGUUAUUGCUUUGUAUAAUAGUCCUGCUGAUGAUGCUGCAACAGUUUCUACCCGACUCACAUCCAAACAUUCCUACUAUAGCCAGCUACUACAUUGUGACGAUCAUCUGGAUCACGCUGUCUCUUCUGACCUCAAUAUUUAUAAUCAAUAUACAAUCCCGGGGGCCCAGGAAGAAAAAAGUCCCAACCUAUCUCAGACAGCUUUUCUUGCGUGGACUAAAGAGGGUGGUAUGUUUGGGUGACGAUACUUAUUACCCACUGGACGAACUAGAGACGGUAUCAAUGCGCGGACUCGACCGAACUAUGGACGGAAUCGUUCGACAGGAAAACCCUACGCAGUCAAAAAUGGAACGUGACGUAGAAGAAAUAUUGCGUCAUCUACACACACUUACAAUACGAAGCACCGUCCUGGAAGCGAGGUACGAGAUCAGGAAUGAAUGGCACCAGGUGGCGCUCGUCCUCGACCGGAUAUUCUUCUUCCUCUUUAUUUUGACAUUCCUUCUGUAUACAUUUGUACUUCUCGCUUGAGACGAGAAAGAACGAGACUUAUAGGUAUUAUGUAUACAAUCCGGCGCCAUUUCCUAAAACUAUGACGCUGGGGAGGGGUGAGAAGUCAGUGACCUUCACACGAACAGAAUUUUAGUAAUAUGUAUUAAAAUGCGUAUUAUGCCUCUAGACAGCAAACGUACGACAAUCAUGCUCGUCCGAGCAGUUGUAAAAAAAAACAAUAUUCAAUAAAAUAUCCUCUAUGGGGCGUUGUGCUUUUUGUUGUGUAGACAUCUUCGACCGAUCACUAUUCGAAAACGCAAUUCAGGAAAGUAGAUAGGGACAACACGCUGGCUAGUUCGAGGCUAUCUAGCGUUAAAGGGUUAGUGAAUGUUGGACACGCCGUAUUUAUUUAUACUGAUAUAUGUGUGUUAUAUAGGCGUGGAUAAUUACACCAGCAUAUCGUCUACUGAUGUCAGAUAUCCAUAGUUGUUACUGAUGUCUGUAGCAGAUAUCAGAAUAGUGGUUAUAUGGCCACAUAACGGUGGCUUUCUGUGUUUAUUACGUGGAAAUCACAAAGCAAUAUAAUGUCUGAAAGCUUUCUAAUGAUCUAGAAAAAGUCGUGUCAGACAUUGGAUCUAUCGGGUAAAGUGUUGUAACUUUUUCAUUUAAUCUUUAUUAUUUUGUAAUUCUUUAAAUAUUUUGUAUCAUGAUGUGUAUUAAUUACAUCUAUAUAUAUAUAUAUAUAUAAAGAUUGAAUGAUUUGUAAAUAUUGUUACAAGAUCAUUUGUAUUGUGGUGUUUUUGUGAAACGUUCGAUAUAUAUAUAAAAAAUCUUUAUAAU